AUGAAUAAGCUGGACAAAGAGUUCUUAGGAAUCCUGCAAGGAGAAUCAAGUGUUGCCGAGUAUGUGAAGAAAUUCAAAAGUGGCAAGUACUUCGCACAUAUGAUUACUAGGCAUGCUACCAUAGAGUUGAACAAUUUUCUUGAAGGACUGAACGCUACAAUUCGCCGUGACGUCAGGUUAAGAAACUCUUCGACAAUGCACGAAACAAUUGAGAAUGCAUUAAUGGCUAAGAAGGACAGUCAUGAUAUUAUAAAAGAGGCUCAGGACAAGAGGUGUAAUUAUCAGGGGAGGGAUUAUCAAGGGAACCAAUAUAUGCUUUCUAUGCAAGAAACGAGGGCACUAUUCAAGGGAAUGCACACAGAAAAAGGAUGUAGUUUCAGGAAGAGUGUUCGCAAUGACGGAAGAGGAGGCAAACCCAAAUACAACUAUAAUUACGGAUAUAGGAGCAACUCAUUCAUCCAAAAUCACAAGAUAUUGGUAUAUCUUGUGGUUGUUGAGAUGUCUGGAUUUGAUGUUAUUUUAAAAAUGGACUGGUUAUCCCGUCACGAGGAUCAAAUCAAUUGUAAAGAGAAGACAGUGACACUAAUCGAUCAAGAUGUGAAGCAACCAAAAAUGGAGGACAUCCUGGUGGUGAGGGAGUAUCCUAGCGUGUUCCCUGAUGAUUUCUCUAGGUUGCCACCAAUUAGAGAAGUGGAGUUCUGCAUAACGUUGAAGGAUGAAGAUGUAAAGAAGACAGCAUUCAGAAUUUGCUAUGGGCACUACGAGUUUCUGGUGAUGCCUUUUGGGUUGACAAAUGCACCAGCGGUAUUUAAGGAGCUGAUGAAUAGGGUCUUUAACCCCUAUUUAGAUCAGUUUGUUAUGGUCUUCAUUGAAGACAUCUUGAUCUACUCUCGAACGGAGGAGGAGCAGCAACAACACUUGGCUUUAAUUUUGCAAGUAUUAACAAAGAAUCAUCUUUUUGCAAAAUUAAGCAAGUGUGAGUUCUGGCUGAGUCAAAUUGCUUUCUUGGGCCAUAUUAUUUCAGCCAAGGGUAUUGUGGUCGAUCCUUCUAAAGUGGAAGCAGUGAAGGGUUGGUCAGCACCAACCAAUGUGACCAAGAUCAAGAGCAUUCAAGGUCUUGCCGGUUAUUACAGAAGGUUCAUCAAAGGGUUCUCCUAA